AUGGCAGCAGUUCCCUUCAUCCCGGGAGUACCUGAUAACUGGGAUGAUGAGGAGGAAGAGGAGGAAGUAAAGGAGACAGAGGUAAAACAAGAACCAAAAGUUUCAGAAAAAAAGAAAAUAGCAGAAAAAAUAAAAGAAAAAGAAAAGCUACAGAAGAAAAAGCAAGAGGAGCUUAAAAAAAGGUUAGAGGCACCAGAGGAACAUAAAGAACUUACACCAGAAGAACAGUUAGCAGACAAACUACGACUAAAGAAAUUACAAGAGGAGUCGGACCUUGAGCUAGCAAAAGAAACAUUUGGUGUAAAUAACACUUGUGGAAUAGAUGCCAUGAAUCCCUCUUCAAAAGACGACUUUACGGAAUUUGGCAAACUACUAAAAGAGAAAAUUACACAGUAUGAAAAAUCGUUACAUUACGCCGGUUUUUUGGAAGCGUUAGUUCGAGACGUAUGUAUUUCAUUGGAAGUUGAUGAUUUGAAAAAGAUCACAAAUACUUUGACAGUACUAUGCAGUGAAAAACAAAAACAAGAAAAGAAUAAAGCCAAAAAGAAGAAAAAAGGUGUUGUGCCUGGCGGUGGUUUAAAGGCUACUAUGAAAGAUGACCUGGCUGAUUACGGAGGAUACGACGGAGAAUACGUACAAGACUUUGAAGACUUCAUGUGACAUUUAUCCCCCCUUCUGUUGUCUUUCUGUUGCCCAUAAUCCCUUAAACAUGUAGCACAACUUUUCUUCCUUUAAAUUCUGCCAAAUGCUACAAUCAAAAUCGCAGUAUCGCUGUGCUGGUGGUUUAACUCUUGGCGGGCCCGUGCGGAAGCGCGGGGCGUCCUGUUCUGUGGUCGGGGGUUAGAAUGGAGACAUUGAAAAGCUCUGUAAAUCGCAGUUACAACCCCCCAAAUUCUGAUAACGUAACUGUUGCUGUGAGGUUUUAGAGUAACAGCCGCUAAAUUGGAAAUGCUUUUCAACGAGGCAAAGUAUUAUUACCAGCACAGUCCAGUGACAUGGCCUUAACUGUACCUCCCUGACCGACCUGUUUGAUGAGCAAAAGCAGUUUGCAGCAAGGGCGUGGUGUGCACUUAGUAUUUACACUUUGCUUUGUCUUAAGUUAGAGCUUGAGGUUUUUCAGUACGUUGUGAAGGGGAACGGCGACCUUCGGAGUGAGGAUACGGCGCCCGGGAAGGCAUCACUUGGGCUGCCCACCGCUUCAGAGCUUCAGCUUGGCACCCAGACGGCACCCGCGGUGGGUCAGGACAAGAGUUGCUUAUUUGGAAAAAAGACGACUUGUUUCGUGCGUAUGAAGUUUAGUUUCCAUUCACCUAAAUUUCUACUAAUGCAGCUGUAUGGGUUGGGUGUUCUCUAACAGAUAAUUGCCUGGUUUAAGUGUAAAAAAAAAAAAAAAAACAACCCCACAAAACCAAGCCCAAGACUUCUUUUGGUCUCUCACGGGUUGUGGUAGACCUUUCACGACUCAGCCAUUUUCUUUCAUUUAAAAAAACAAACAACUUGCUUGGCAAACUGCAAGAGUUACUACAGUUGGGCAAAUUGUUAUGUUAACAAUUAUGACAUCUGCAAUGUUUUAUAAAGCAACUAAUUUAAUAAAAAUCACUAUUGAGGACUUCA